AUGACAGCUAACUUAAUGGGCCUCACGUCUUUUCUAGUAGAAGACAAACAACAGCGACGAGCCUUCUUAGAAACGAGACAAUCACUUGAGGUUAAGCUGGUUAUAGAGGAGCAAAGCGCAGAACAGGAACGGUUGCUGCUCUCCGUUCUGCCAGAACACGUGGCUGUUCAAAUGAGGCAAGACCUGGAUUCGACUGACAGCCAAUUUAAGAAGAUCUACAUGAGUAGGCACGAAAAUGUCAGCAUUUUGUACGCUGACAUCGUCGGUUUUACGGCCAUAUCUUCGACUUAUUCAGCUCAAGAAUUGGUGAAAAUGCUCAACGAGCUAUUCGCUAGAUUCGACAAGUUAGCAGAGAAAUAUCAACAACUUAGAAUCAAAAUUCUGGGGGACUGUUAUUACUGCAUUAGUGGAGCACCGAAAGAAAGCCCUGAUCACGCUGUGUUGUCUGUCCACAUGGGUUUAUCCAUGGUAAAAGCCAUCAAAUACGUCCAACAGACGGCGAAUUCUCCGGUAGAUAUGAGAGUCGGAAUUCACACGGGAGCCGUGUUGGCGGGGGUGCUGGGACAAAGGCAGUGGCAGUUCGACGUCUACUCCAAGGACGUGGAGCUGGCUAAUAAAAUGGAGAGCAGCGGAUUGGCUGGGAGGGUGCACAUUUCUGACGCGACUUUAUCAUUUCUGGAUGGAGAAUUUGAAGUUGAACCAGGUUUUGGAGAAAAACGAGACGAAUCCUUAAGGAUAGCAGGAUUAAAAACUUACUUCAUUGUUAAAGUGCUCAUACCUUUUCAGCCAAAAAUCCAAGAAGUUCAAAAUGGCGGUAAUAUCUUACCUGAAGAGGACAGUUGUGUAAUAGCUGAGGUAUCAGAAUCUAAAGAAGAAGAAGCAGCCAAUGAAACCAAUCUUGUAAGGACUAGACAGGAUUCUACAGACUUUAAAGUUAGGUUAAGAAAAGAACUAGUGAGCAGAGAUGGUCACAAAGAGCUGGCGAAAAAUACGAAGUUCGUCAACUUGGCCUUUGUUGAUCCGCAAAAGGAAAAAUCAUAUCAUUUACAUAUAGAAUCGUUCUCAAGCUUUACGUUGCUCAUGUUUUUACUUGUAAGAUUAGCCGUAGGAUGUACGAUAGCCAUAGUGUUACCGAGUGAUUUAACGAUAGACAUUACGUAUUGUACAGAAAACAUUGUGUUCUUCGUAUUAGUUAUUAUCGCCAUAGCAGAAGAAUUUCCAGGAUUGUCGAAAUGCUGGCGGGCCUUUAAAGAAUCAAUGUUUAUUAGAAGACUGCUCUCGACCACUUGUAUUGUACUGAUGGGAACUGUAAAUAUUUUGGAUUCCGUGUCUUGUGUUCAAUUCAAAAAACAAUCGGAAAAUUGUUCGACCAUUCCCGACUUGGACGCCAGCUGCCUCUACCCGUCUUAUUUCAGUUACUUUACCGUUCUUAUCCUUAUUGCGGCAUCCUUGCCGGCAUGUCUGUCCUACAUGUGGAAGAGUUUUUUGAUGAUGAUCAUCGCCGUGGGUCAAUGUUUGGUCAAUAUUUUGUUACUUGGAUUCGCGAUCGAUUGCGAGGAAUCGAUGAAGCAUUGGACGAGCUUAAUCCAAGGAAAAUACACCUUAUCGGGGCUAUUGAUAACGGCAACAUUGGCACUGGCUUUCCUGGCAAGGCACAUGGAAAAAGUCUGCAGAGUGUUGUUUCUUUGGCGGUGCGAAGUGGAAGAACAGCGAGACUGCGCUGAAGAUAUGAGGCGACGAAAUGAAGCCUUGGUGUAUAAUAUUUUACCGCCUCAUGUAGCCGCCCAUUUCAUGGGCAACAGGAAGAGGCAGCACGACGAGCUCUAUUCCCAAAGCUACGCCGAAGUUGGGGUAUUGUUCGCCUCUAUGCCAAACUUCUCAGAUUUUUACUCCGAGGAAACAGUCAACAAUCAAGGAUUGGAAUGUUUAAGGUUUCUAAAUGAAGUUAUAUCUGAUUUUGAUGCGCUUUUAGAAUUACCCCAAUUCCAAGAUGUUAUAAAAAUAAAGACCAUAGGAUCGACAUAUAUGGCAGCCAGUGGCCUAAAUCCAUCAAGACAAAUGAAGCCCGAAGACCCAGUAUCAAUACGUUGGGCGCACUUAGCAAUCCUGGUGGAGUUUGCUUUGGAACUGAAAAAGGCUCUGCAGAGCAUCAACGAACAAUCCUUCAACCAUUUCGUAUUAAAAUUAGGAAUCAAUCACGGUCCAAUUACGGCUGGGGUAAUCGGCGCCAGAAAACCGCAUUACGACAUUUGGGGUAACACCGUCAAUGUGGCAUCUAGAAUGGAGAGUACUGGGAAAGCAGGGUGUAUACAGGUCACUGAAGAAACCUGCGAUAUUCUCCAACAUUUCGGCUACCAAUUCGAACAACGCGGUUUGGUGACGGUCAAAGGAAAAGGCCAGCUGAUGACGUACUAUCUCCUCGGAAAAACCGGAAAAAUUACCCCGCCUACUGCUCCAGUAUCUCCAGUGACGGGAAUCGGUACUAUGGAAACUCUAAACGAAGAAGACGAAUCGCACGACAGUCCCACCUCCAAAUCGGACGACAAGACCGUCAUAGAAUGUUCGGACAAGAUCGACGAUGACGUUUUCACGUCGGAUUCCGGAUGCGAAGAGGUUAAAGAGUCCACGGAGGCUUCUUUGUUGUUAAAUAAUUAUAAUUCUGAAUAG